AAUAAAAGAAAAGAAAAAAUUACGUGAUUCAUAGUUUCUUGAUUUUGUUCAUUUGAGGCAUGAUAAAAGUGCAAAAUGGUCCGCUGUUACUAAAAAGCGUUUCCUUCAAGUCUUCAGGUACGGUUGAUCUGGAGUAAUUUUAUGGUCUUGAAAUGAAUAGAGUUUUGUAGCGUCACGGUUCACUUUAAAUAUACAAUCAAGCUCCAUUUAAACUGAAUUUCAGCUAUUUCUUUGAUCUUCAGGGUCUUUAAUUGAAGUUUUGGAAUUUGUAAGCACACAUGUCGCUUUUUUACUAAUUUUGGAAGGUGACUGGGGCUGAAAGUUUUGCUCACUGUUGAGCGUUCAGUUUUGUAGCAUUAAACUCGUCUGUCUCAUACAUAUUCAUUUUAAUGACAACACCACAUAUUUUAUCACUACCCUAUGAUGUAAUAGAGAAUAUUAGUCAGCAUCUAGACUUAUGCUCAAAUACAAGCUUAAUGGAUACUUGCAGGCAUAUGCGGUACUUAUACUUAUCGUCGCAAUAUAUUUGGAGGAAAAUUGUUCUCGAUCCGGCACAAACUACGGAUCUGCAUAGAAUUUACUCAUCGCUCAGGAAACUAGGGGAUGCGAACGGACUCAAACAGCUCAUAUAUGAGGUUGUAAUGGAUGGUAUGGACGAUGCGGAUCUGUCACCCAUUGUAAUGCUGAUAAAGUUCCCUAACCUGCGGAGGUUAAGUGCAAGAUAUAGGAAGAAGACAACAGAUCUUGAAGUGGAUGUCAAAUUGUUGCAAGAAAUGCUAAAGUUUGGCACAAUCAAACCAAAAUCGUUACCAUUGACAGAAGUGAGAGUAUACCAUUUUAAUAUGGAUUUUGAACCCCAUUUGACAGCUUAUCAGAAGACACUGAACAAAGUGUCAGUAUUUCCAAAAGUUAAGCUUGACAUCAGACCAUGUGGAUUUAUACAAACUGUUGGUAAUGGUUCUGGCUCAAAUUUGAAUCCUGCGGUGAUGAAUAAUGACAGACAACUUCAGGGAGAGAAUGAUCAAAGGGAGCAAUUAUCCGACCUGCCACAAGACUCCAUUGAAGAAUGUCAGAGAAUUAUAUCCAAGUCAGAGCAAUGCUGGUCGUGUGGGUUUUUAUUUCGUUAUUGUUGGAUAUGUGUACCGGUUUGUGAUAGCUGCAAAGUUAGAAGAGUUCCACCGUUAGCCAAUGAUAAACAGAGACUUAGUCGAUCAAAACAGUGGGUUUCUGUGGCAAAUGAUGACGAUUUUAAAGUUUUUGAAUAGUGCUAAGUCGAACUACAGUAUUUUAACUAAUAUUUUAGAUGAAAUACAUUUUUUUUUGGACGAUUAAUAUUUUCAUUUUAGAUGAGUUGCAAUUGUGUUGUAG